CUAUUUGUUCUCAAUACGGCUAAGAUUGUACAGAAACGCUCCAAGCGAACACGCAACCGCACCACUGCGACGUUGCAUCUCCAUCCUUCCAACGAAAACAAGCAUCCCACCGCAUCUGAGAUUCCAAGUGACUCCGUGAACAAAGGGCUGUCGGAAGAGCCUGCUCCGCAGGUUCAGGCUGCUUCUUCUGGCGAGGAAGGAAGACCUGGUCUCCAAUUAGUUGACACCGAACUUCAGCGUGCCCGCGAUGGUACACCACACAUGCGAUCACUCGGAAAACAUGUGACUUCUAUGGCAUCCGCCGUCGACAAUGGCCCAGCGGAUCUUACUGCUGCAGAUGAUUUUGAGACGACGUAUCUCCAACCCCUCAAGAUUAUCGAUGCUGUGCUUGAGAAGAUCGCAGACGUACAUCCAUACGCAAAGAUGGCGCUGGGUGUGCUAUCUGCUGCAUCCAAGAUCAUAAUCGCGCAGGCACAGCGCGACCAUUCUAUUCUUAGUCUUCUCAAGAAAUUGGCUGAAGUUUACCGCUUCAUGACUCAAGAUGACAGUCUUGAAAAAAUUGAAUCGAUGCGCGGUAUCGUUGAAAAGAUCGUUCACCAGACUCUCGAGUGUGCCCGUUUCAUCAGGGACUACUCGGAGACAAAGAGCUUUUGGAAGAGACUUGGGAAAAAUGUUAUCUCGGAAACUGAUGACACGAUCAAACAGUACAGCGACGCUUUGGACGGCCUUAUGCAACAAUUCCGGGACCAAGUCGAUCGGGACGUGGCCGUUUUCGUCCAACGUACGGGCGAUACCCUGGAUCUCGGGGAUAUCGCUUAUGCGAAGGGCGCAGGACUAGAUACCAUGAAACAGUGCUUACCAGGGACGCGCAUGGAGAUUCUUUCCCAGAUUACGGACUGGAUCAACGGCAGCGGAGAUGCUGCUAAACGUGUGCUGUGGCUAUCUGGCCCUGCGGGCAAGGGCAAAUCAGCCAUCGCCCACACGGUCGCCAACUGGUUCAAGGAAUCGGGAGGCCUUGGUUCAUGUUUUUGUUUCGAUCGGCGCAGAGAAGCGGAUCGUCGCCAUGAAAAGAUUUUCUCCACCAUCGCGCGCGAUCUCGCUGACCGUGAUUCGGGGAUGAAGCGAGCGUUAGCGGAUGCGGUCAAGGAUGCACACUCGCUCAAGAAUACGACGGACAUCAUCCAGCAGUGGCGCGACCUUUUCAUGAAACCGCUAAAGAAGUUCUCGGCGUCAAGCGUAGGGCCUGUCUUGAUCGUGAUCGAAGCACUAGAUGAGAGCGGUGGAAAGAAGACGCGGAGCAACAUCCUCCGCACACUUGCCGGUAGACUUCAGGACGAAGGACUUCCCCAAAUCACGGAACUUCCAUCUAACUUUCGGAUUCUCGUCACCUCUCGCCCGCUUCAUGAUAUCGAAGAUGCAUUCCACGGGGCUCAGCAUAUUCUACGGUUGUCCAUGGACGAGAUUCCAGCAGCAGUGGCAGAGCGCGACAUCCAGGCGUUCGUAUCUGAGGAGCUGAAGGGGCUACCAGAUUUUGGCGACAAAGAGUUUACAAAUCUAGCUGCGAAAGCCGAUGGAUCUUUCGAGUGGGCGCGUCUUGCUUGCGAAUACAUCAAAGACGCGCCUCCAGGCGUACGCCAAAUGCGUCGCUUCAAUGCUCUCGUCAACCGCAGGGCCGGAAAGCAGAAGAACCUGUUGUACGAUAUGUAUCUGGUCAUUUUGAAAGAGAUCAUGAGAAGGGAUCAAUAUGACGAGGACGAGGACGAAGCACUGGCAGGGUUUCGUUCUGUGAUGGGACAGAUACUUGGCACAGCUUUUUUUUUUACUAAGCAGAACAGUUAACGUUCAGGCACCGAGGUAACAACUCAUGUUUUAUAGUUGCACUUAUGUCCUCAUUAAGCAACACCUUUGAUUUGCGUGUCUUCGUUUUCCCUUCUCACGUUUGCUCGCUUUCAUUUUUCUUAGUAGAGAACCCGACGUACUUGCCCCAUUUUCCGUCGAUUAGUAUCAGUUAGCGCACGCAAUGUCUAACACGUCAAGUUCUAGGCUGCCUGCCGGUGUUUAACGUUUAACUUCGGGGGUCAACAUUGCCCAGUGACACUGUAGAUAGUAGUUUCAAUGAAAAUCACUGCAAAAUGCGC